UCUUCUUCAUCAAUAUCCAGUUUUUCUGGCGAAAGCAUCUCAACAGUCAAAAAUGCUUCUCAAGACGGUUUCUUCGUCUUCCGCUGCUCUCUCGCUCGUGAGUCUCCAUGGCGGAGUCAAGGACGUUUCUCCUCAGCUAUCCUCCACGAACCUUCGAGUUUCUUCUGGAAAAUCUGUCUCUGUUCGCGCAACUAAAGACUCAACCACCGACGAGCUAAGCGGCGUCGGUUUCCAGCCGUUUGAGGAGGUUAAGAAGGAGCUCGAUCUCGUCCCAACCAGCGCUCACGUCUCGCUCGCUCGUCAAAAGUACUCAGACGAGUGCGAAUCCGCGAUUAACGAGCAGAUCAAUGUGGAGUACAAUCUCUCGUAUGUGUAUCACGCCAUGUAUGCUUACUUCGAUAGAGAUAACGUCGCGCUCAAAGGUCUUGCCAAGUUCUUUAAGGAAUCGAGUGCGGAAGAAAGAGAGCACGCUGAGAAGUUGAUGGAGUAUCAGAACAAACGUGGUGGGAAGGUUAAGUUACAGUUCAUUGUAGCGCCUCUCUCGGAGUUUGAACACGUUGAUAAAGGAGAUGCUCUCUAUGGGAUGGAGCUGGCUCUGUCACUGGAGAAACUGGUUAAUGAGAAGCUCUUAAACCUCCACAAUGUUGCUUCCAAGAACGGAGAUGUUCACUUGGCUGAUUUUAUUGAGAGCGAGUUUCUGACCGAGCAGGUGGAGGCAAUCAAGAAAAUUUCAGAGUAUGUAGCUCAACUAAGAAGAGUUGGCAAAGGACACGGGACAUGGCAUUUCAAUCAAAUGCUUCUGGAACAGUAAAAGCUGCUUCAAGGGAAUUAAUCGUGGGGUUUACUCUAUGAAGCUCUCUAGCAAUGUAUCAACUAGUUUGUGUGUUAGUUUCUGAAGGUUUUGUGAUGUAGACUUUUUUUAUUUUGAUUUUGCAUGACCCGAAGAGAUAUGACUUUGAAAGUCAGUGGUAUGAAUGAGUUCUUCGAGCGCACUA